AGAAACUUGGAGAAACAGAAGCAAGUGGAGUCUGUUAAAUUCACUGCCACAUAAGGGAGAUAAAGGAGAAUGACCACAGUUUCCCAUGGAGCUGAAAGGCAGGCAACUGUCUUUAAGAAUUUCGCCGUAUCAGCUGAACCACUUCACAGGAUAGGUCACCAACAGUACCAAAACUUGUCAAAGAAGACAUGCAUGCCUCUUGUGAGAGGUCCUGAGAACAGACAUGACUUUACCAGUUUUGAAGAGAAAGACAGCAAUUCCUUCCUCAAAUUCCAUCCGCACACCCCUCCAGUUGGGCCAAAUUACCCCUUAUUCCCACACCGAGAUGAUGUGCCUUUAGUAGAUCCCUGCUCAGGUUUUGUGAGUGCGGGAGGAGAUGCUGAUCUGCAGCCACAUGUUGGAAGAGCUAUUGAAUCCCUGGUGGACUACAGUGAUGUGAAACCUCAGCAGCGGAUUCCCAUUGCAGGAAAGGGGGCCCAGACUGCCCACAGGAGGCACACGAUCCUCCAGGAGGAAACCAGCCAGGACAGACGGUGGAACUCCAGAGCUGUGCCAGCUGCUUCAGUCAGGGCACGGCUUGGAGGUUGGACAACUCCAGUGAAAGUUGCUCCUGCUUUGCCUGGCCAAAACCGUAUUUCUGCAUUUUGUAUGGAUCCCAAUCUCAAGGAAUUAAACGAUCCUUCUGUGAGCUGGAGAGAAGAAAAAGCAAGAGACUAUUUCUACAGGUCAAGUACACAAAAAGCAUAUGAAGACGUUCCUUGGGAUAAGAUGUUACCAUCCAAAAUCGAGCCUCCAGAAUCAACAGUGGAAGUGAUGGCUGAUCCUGUUUCCCAGUGUUUCACAAAAAGGAGAUACAAUCCUGAGCCUGAAAUAAGCCAAGUUAUUGGAAAUCUUUGGGACAGAUUUCAGACAAGAUCUUUUACCUCUCCACAGAAACCAGUUUGUUUUGUAAGCCGGAGCUCUCGAAUCUGUCAUAUCCCUUUGUAUACUGGCUGUGUUGGUGCAGUAAAUUUUGAAGACAUUGACAAUGCCAGUGUAGACUUAAUCAUGUUUAACCGUGUGCGAACUUCAAAACCUCGCUACACAAGCACUGCACACACUCCAAAUAUCCCUGGAUACACUGGCAAGGUUCAUUGGUCAGCAACCCACCCAGCAAAUUCUAAUCUUCCAUCAACAUCCCCAUCAAUAAUUGCACAAAUGCAUGGGUACAUAGCAAAACAUGGAAGCUCAUCUCAGUAUAAUCACCAAGGACCUUUUUCACAAAUGGUGACUCCAGUUAGUCCUCAGAAUUCUUUCAACAAGACUCAACGAGAAACAAUUACAGUUUAAAAAGUGUCAGUCCUUUUUACAAGCCUAAGUGAGCCUUAGUGCCAGCUACUGAGGAGAAAGGAAAUGUGAAGAGGUGUGGAUAAUUUGAAUACAGAACAAAAAUAAAAUAGCAAAGAGGUGUGUGUUUGUGGUAGUCCUUAUUAUGUUAUUCACAUAUUUACGACUUACUAGUGUUGAGAGUUAAAAUCUUAUUAAAAACAAGGGGGAGUUUAAGUCAAAGGCUUGAAACUUGCUCUCUGUAUUGGAUUGCCUUGCUAACUAAGGUAGAAAAUGAUGCUGUAAAUGUGCUAUCAAUUGACGCAUAUGUACAUAGAGAGAGACCCAUACAAACACAUGUAUACACAUUUAUAUAAGUGCAUUAUUAACGAAAAAUUAUUACAGAGGAGCAGCCCCUCUCAUCACAUGUCCUAAGUGUGCCUUGUAAAGAUGCUUAGAUGUUACAGAGUGAAAUGUUAUUUUUUUUAAGAAUUAAAUACUACUCUGUGUAUAGUAGUAAAUAAAAGGAGCCAGGUUAUGUUCAUUGGUCUGGAAGCUAAUUAAGACUGUGUGGCCUGCAUCCAUACUUAAAACUCUCUCAUGCUUAAACUGAAAGCAGUUAAAUAGGAAGGAUGGAGUGCCAGUAGUCAGGCCUGUGUUUUGAUACUGUUGUAUUUUCCGGUGUUGGUGUAGGUAACAUGAGGGAGAUGUACCCCUGAGAAAGAGAAGACCAAGUGCAACUUUGUAGUUGGGGAAGUUCUAAUGUGCUCCUGGGGCCAAAAUAUUCCAAACAGUUUACUGGAAUUUGAACAGCCGGGCAGCUUGCUCAGCAGUUUCUGUCUUGAGGUCUCUGGUGAGUUGUAUUACCCAAAUCAUCUAUAUUGCUAGUCAGUUACCUCUCCUGCUUGCUUUUUCUCCAGAGGGCUUAUGAGGGACAUAUGUGUGCAACAGAUUUGUAAGAAAUAGCUUUUCCCACAGUUAAGGGCUUUCUGUGAAUGGUUAUAAAAUGUACCUAUGGCAAAAGGCCUUUUCAAGAGCAGAACAAAGACUCAGUGGGAAUACUGAAAGGUAGGGAAUAUAAACCAAAGAUCUAGAAGACAGCAAAUCCACAGAAAAGAACUAACAUCCAUCAAUAAAAAGGUUAGAUCCUCAGCAACAACAGUGGAAAUUGAGCACCCAAAUACCUGAUGUUGCUGUGCAAAUCAGAGUCAUACGGGAUAUACAAGCCCCUAGGGAAAGGAAGCUGGCAGCUAAGCAAGGAAAGCACGGACACUAAGGUAUACCAUUUCUCCUAAUAAGACUGCAGCAGAAUGUUUAUCCAAAAGUAGAGCAAAAAAUCUCCGGUUCUUGAAGUGUCUGGCCCAACACAGACACUCUGUCACUUCUGGCUGUCUGCAUUUUCAUUGUGCAGAAAUCACUGAUACCAGAAUUUUUUAAGGAGAGGCUCUCAUCCAAUCCAAGUUUCUGCAUGCAUUAAAUUAGAACUUGCUUGUACACAUACAAAAUCAUAGCAUAUGCACAGGUACAGGAAGGAUGCAACCUGCUUUGGCUUUUUGUGCUUGUCUGUUCUAGAGCUACACAUGUAAUAUAAGUCAGUGAGCAUUUUAGGUGACAACAUAGUCUUUUCUGCAAAUUCGGUUUACUAUGUCCUAUUAAAUUGUUAUGUACCACAUAAAAAUAAUUGCUUUUAUUUAUUUAUUUAUUUAUUUACUGGAUACAAUGGCUAUGUUAUAUGCUUGAGAAGCACUCAAAUCUUUCAGAGCCCCAACUCUGCAAUGCGAAGAGAGUGAUCUGACUUUGGGUAAGAAUCUAGGAACUGUCUUUGUGCAAAGUGACGCAGCAUCACAGCUAUAUCUUGGACAGAAACUUAAAUUCCAUUCAAACUAACAGAUGAAAACUGAUUACAUUUUAAGCCAGCAGUGGG